CUGCAGUGAAAGCGCGUGACGUCAGCGGACCUGGCAACCCGCGCAGACUCAAACAUCAUGGCGGACGAGGUGGAGCAGCAACCGACAACCAACACGGUGGAGGAGCCGCUGGAUCUGAUCCGACUGAGUCUCGAUGAGCGAAUCUACGUGAAGAUGAGGAACGACCGGGAGCUGCGUGGCCGACUGCACGCGUACGAUCAGCAUCUGAACAUGAUCCUGGGUGACGUGGAGGAGACGGUGACGACAGUGGAGAUCGACGAGGAGACGUACGAAGAACUUUACAAGUCGACCAAGAGGAACAUCCCCAUGUUGUUUGUGAGAGGAGACGGCGUGGUGCUCGUAGCUCCGCCUCUCAGGGUGGGCUAACCUCGAGCGUUUCCUGGUGUGGACGAGCGGCGGUGACAGCUGAGAAGUUUCUCACCCUGAGGAGGGAGAGGGGGGGGGCUGUCCUGACGAGCUGAACCGGGGCGAAGGUUAAAACAUCGUCUGUGGUUCAGACUGUCGACAACACCGACCUCUAAUUCUACGUUCAACACUCGAGGGUCAGAAACUUUGCAGGUUUUUAAAACUUCCCUGUGUGAAGCUGCAAAGAUAUAAAACACAACAGAGAAAGAGGAUUUUUGAUUUGGACUUAAAUGAGCUUCUUUCUUUUUCUUUUAUGUGGGUGUUUUGUUAUCAAAUCGAUUUCGGGGACGUGGUGAUUUCAGGCCACCUUUUCUCAGGAUACUUCAUUUGGUUUCUGAAUCGCCUCAGUUUUAUUUUUUAAACCAGAACAAUUGAAUAUUAUUUUUAAACAUUUCCAGAGGAAUUAGUCGCCUCUUAAUUCCUGUGGCUUUAAGUAAAAGAUGGAAAAGUCUCAUCCUGCCCUCAAAUCGCUGAACUGCUCCAUUAAUGACGGAGUUCACUUGUAGCCUGAUUUAAGUGCAAGUAAAAAAUAAAAGUGGUGCAGAAGAGUUUGAUCAUUUUGAAAAUUAUUCCUCCAGUUAAACUUCUGUGUCUCAAAGCUAAAGUCCUGCAGUUUCUCUAAAGCCCUGAACUGUGAAUGUGGGGAAGUUGUUUGAGUUUCUUUUGGAUGAUUUUACGUUGAAUCUUUUUAUACAUAUUUUUGUAGCGUUGUGUUGGAUGUGGCAUCGUGGCUCAGAUGUGUCAACUUUUGUUUUCGUUUUGGUUUUUGGUAAACUUGAAUAAAAAAGAUGAUGAAAA